AUGCCACUGAAAGACUCUACUGAGACAAAGAUGGGCUGUCAAGAACGUAGAGGAGGAUCCGACCCAAAUUUAUUACAGUACUGGUGCUACCACUGUGACAAGCGGGUGUCAAUCGAAACCCUAGUUGAUCUUCAUGAUGUCAUAUGUUACGAGUGCAAGAAUGGAUUUGUUGAAUUAAUUUAUGAUGUUAUAAUUCCAUUGCCGGCUGAUGUGCUAACGCACGUCAGUUCUGAUCCCAUCGAUGACCCUAGUUUUGUUAAUCAGUUUAUUCAGGUUCUCCGCCUCAUAGCCGAGGCAACGCGUGAGGAAGAUGCUCCUCCUCAGCCUUCCUUUGAGCACGCAAAUCCUUCAGAUGAUGAUUCUUUACGGAUCGAGUUAGAUGGAUGGGUUGAUGAUGGUGGUGGUGGUGGUGGUGGUGGUGGCGUGGCAACCACAACUCCUAGGUCUUUUGUGAUUGAUUAA